GGAAGGCCCACCCGCCCCGUCUCACCUUCAGUUCUCGAUUCUUCAACCUCAAUUGCAAUUCAACAAAGUACUAGUACACAAAACGAAUUUUAACAAUACUUUCCCCUCGGUUUCAAGUCUUCUCUUUCAAAUACCGCGAAUUGCUCAUUACAAUUGGCACAUUCCACUCGCAACCUCACGGAACAACAACACAAAACGCACAACGACGCCAGCGGCACCUUGAUGAUCAGCCAUGGCCGGCGAUCACGACAACGAUGACCUGCCGCAGCCUUUCGACGCGAAGAAGCUAGCCCCCGCCAAAAAGCGACAACGAUCCGCUUCACCCAGCGGAAGCGGCAACGCAAGCGCCGCGGGCGACCCCCCGCGCAAGCUCAAACGGCCCGGCCAGCGCGCCCGCAUCACCGACGCCGAGCGCGAGCAAAUCCGGCAGCGCGCUCUCGAACGCGAGCGACAUGCCCAGCAACAGGCGGCGGAGGAGGAGUCGAGGCAACGAUCGGGCAUCAACGAUGUGGUGCGCGCGCACUACAACGCGGUCCCCGAGCGCGGCCGUGAGUGGCGCAAGACAGACAGCCGGAUCAAGGGCCUGAGGUCGUUCAACAAUUGGGUCAAGAGCUGCAUCAUCCAGAAAUUCUCGCCCGAUGAGGACCACGCGCCCGGAGCGAUGGAGCGGGGAAUCAGCUCCGGGAACAAGCUGUUGGUGUUGGACAUUGGGUGCGGCAAGGGCGGGGAUCUGUUCAAGUGGCAGCAGGCGCCGCAGACAGUGGAUUUAUACGUUGGCUUGGAUCCGGCGGAGGUAUCAAUUGAUCAGGCACGGGAAAGAUACCGGGGCAUGGCAAACCGCGGGGGUGGUGGGCGGGGCGGUAGGGGCGGCCACCACCGGCGUCCGCCGCGCAUCUUUGAUUCUCGCUUCCACGUCAAGGACUGCUACGCUGAGACGAUUGGCGACAUUGAUAUUGUGCGACAAGUCGGCUUCUCAGGCUCAACCGUCAGUAGCAAUCGCGGGUUUGACGUGGUCAGCAUGAUGUUUUGCAUGCACUACGCCUUCGAGACUGAGGAGAAAGCCCGGCAGAUGCUCAAAAACGUCUCGGGCGCGCUGCGCAAAGGCGGGCGCUUCAUCGGAACCAUUCCCAACUCGGACGUCAUCACCAGCAAAGUCUCUGCUUUCAACGAGCGCAUGGAAGAGAAGAAGAAAGCGAAGGCCGCUGCCGCCACCUCAACCGAAAACCCGUCAUCCGACCCAGCCCCGUCCAACGCCACACCCGAACCCACCACACCAAAAGACGACGGCGAACUCGAGGAAGGCGAAGCGGAAGAAGACAAGGAAGAGGGCGAGGCGGAGGAGACAGCCUCAUGGGGCAACGACAUCUACCGGGUGCGCUUCCCGGGCCCCACCCCGUCCGACGGGAUAUUCCGCCCGCCGUUCGGGUGGAAGUACAACUUCUUCCUGCACGAGGCGGUCGAGGAGGUGCCCGAGUACGUGGUGCCGUGGGAGGCGUUCCGCGCGCUGGCCGAGGACUACAACCUGGAGCUGCAGUACCACAAGCCGUUCGGCGAGGUGUGGGAGACGGAGCAGGACGACCGCGAGCUGGGCGCGCUGAGCGAGCGCAUGGGCGUGCGGGACCGCUCGUCGGGCAAGCUCCUCGUCAGCGAGGAGGAGAUGGAGGCGGCCGGGUUUUAUGUGGCGUUUUGUUUCUAUCGCGUUUAGCCCGCCGGAUGUUUAUCCUUUAAUACGUUCCCUAUCCGGUCCUUUCUCUUGGACUUUCGAGGAAGCAAGGCCAGACGCGGAGCUUGGCUUCAGGACUCUAUGGGAUGAAAUGAUGCUCAACCAUUUCCUAACCCCGGCUCAGCGUCUUAAACGCCACGGUACCGUUUUUCAAACCUCCGGAUCUGCGAGGAUUCUCCGCCAUCAAGCUUUGUCGUUCUUUUCCGCUUCAGUGCUCGGCGUGCUCUGUUUGCUCAUUGCUGCCCCAUAAAGCCACCUCGCCUGGUAGAACAAUGCUAAAGACAACGGGUAUUACAAGUAAGAUUAAACAGUAAAAACGCUACGCUUACUACAGGUUAUAGAGAGUCUGCG